AUGGGGGAAUUAUCAUGUUCAUAUCUUGAGGCUGCUUUAGCAUCCAUCAUCAUCAUAAAAUCAGUGGACGAUAUGCAAAUGACUCGAAAUUCGCCACCGAUGGAAAAAUGUGUCGAUGAAUUAAAGAAUACAGAUGAAUACAUGUCUAUUUUGGACGCAAACAGCCCCAAACACGAGGCAGCCGUUAAGCUGCAGAAGGUCUACAAGAGCUUCCGGAUAAGGAGAAAGUUGGCGGAUUGUGCAGUUGUGAUCGAGCAGAGCUGGUGGAAGCUUCUAGAUUUUGCCGAGCUCAAGCACAGCUCCGUUUCGUUCUUUGAUGUCCACAAACACGAGACCGCUGUUUCACGCUGGUCACGAGCACGAACAAGGGCUGCUAAGGUGGGAAAGGGCUUAUCGAAGAAUGGAAAAGCUCGGAAACUCGCUAUACAACAUUGGCUUGAAGCUAUCGAUCCUCGUCACCGUUACGGCCACAAUCUACACUUGUAUUAUGUUAAAUGGCUUAAUUCUCAAAGCAAAGAGCCCUUUUUUUAUUGGCUAGACAUAGGAGAAGGGAAGGAGGUUAAUCUUGUCGAAAAAUGCCCUCGUUCGAAGCUUCAGCAGCAGUGCAUCAAGUACCUUGGCCCGAUUGAGAGAAAGGCGUACGAGAUAAUGAUGGAGGAUGGGAAGUUAAUUUACAAGCAAACAGGGGAAUUAUUGGACACCACCACACAAGAAGGCAAGGCUUGUAAGUGGAUUUUUGUCCUCAGCACAUCUAAGAUAUUGUAUGUGGGGAAGAAGAAGAAAGGUUCUUUUCAACACUCGAGUUUUUUGGCGGGAGGAGCUACGCUAGCCGCUGGGAGGAUCGUAGCUGAAAAAGGAGUCUUAAAGGCAGUCUGGCCUCACAGUGGUCACUACCGGCCGACCCUUGAAAAUUUUCAGGAUUUUUUGUCGUUUUUGCGGGAGAACAAUGUGGGCCUUACUGAUGUCAAGUUCGUACCCCAUGAAGACGAAGAGGAUUCUAGCGGGAACAAAAGCCUCUUGUACUUGAGAAGCAACUCCUCAGACGACAAUCUAGCGGAGAAAGACCAUUCAGAGCCUGAAGAAAACGAAAACAACCCAAAUCCCGAACAAACCGCUCCACAGAGGGUCCUCGAGCUAGCUAGCAAAGAACCCGCGUUUCAACAAUUUAUACACGCAAUCGAAAAUGAGAAUUCAAGAGAUUCAGAUGAAGAGUCUAAAAACGAGGAGAUUAUUCGGGAAGAGCAUAUGUCGACGACAAAGAUGAAGGAGUUGAAGUCGUUUCAACAUACGUCGUGCAGGUGGAGCAGUGGGGCAGGGCCUAGGAUCGGGUGCGUGAGGGACUACCCUUGGAGAUUGCAAUGCCAUGCUUUGGAACAGAUGAAUUUGUCACCACGAAGCAAACAUCCGAUUGAGUUGAGUAAUCUGGAGAGGAGGAGUAGUAGUAGUUGCACAUCACCAGUUUGUGACUUGUAG